AUUUGCAUGAAUAUUAGUUGUAUUGUUGUUUCCUUGAUUGUGAUCAGUAUCACAGUAAAACCUUGGUGUCUAUUUUAUUUCCAUUGUCAAUGACUGUUUGCUACUGGACGUAGCACUAGUUGACUGAUAUUAGUACACAUUGACAGCACUAUCCAUUUUUAUUCUCUGUCUUGACUAUGUAUUAUAUAUUUUUAUUGGCAUAGAUGGAAGAAAUGCGAUGUAUCGACAGACCUUAAUUGCUAGAGCAGCUGGGUUAGUUGCAGUGCUGCAUGCUUACACCAUUUUUGUUAUAUGAAGAGCUAGAAACCGUACCCCUAGGAUCUCAUAUGGCCCAAUGUCCGAAAGAGACGUAGCUAGGCAGUCAAACCUUCGUUUCAUCUAUCAUACGGAUGAUACGAAUUGUUUAAAUCAACUCAGAAUGAGAAGGACCCCUUUUUUCGGCUGUGUAACUUGUUCCGAGAAAGAGAACUAUUGUGGGACAGUAUACAUAGCUCAAUGGAAGAACAAGUUGCCAUGUUUCUCCUUGUAGUAGGCCACAAUCAUAGAUUUAGAGCUAAACUUCAUGUUAAGGUGGUAGUGGACAACAAGUACUCUUUUGUAGUGAACAUGGUCACAUGUUGGCUAAGGUGGAAAUGGAUGCCAUACUAUUCAGAUUAUGCUUAUUUUAUUUCAGCCUUGUUUUAUUGUUUGAAGUAUUGCAAUGUGGAAGAUGAUGGUUUGGAGUACUGUUUUCUACAGAGUGGCUGAUAAUUUAAAGUAUUGCUUCAGGUUUCUUUUCAGUGCAUGUUUACUCCAUUUUAUUUUGUGUUGGGAUUGCACACGAGUUCAUACUGGACACCAUUUUAUUUCAGAUAUGAUUAGUAUUAUUUAGUUCCUUCUGGGUUUGCACGUACGUAGUACAGUUCAAUGGAGACUCAUCAGCAGCAGCUAGCUUCUUUUUUUUUGAUAAUGGAAAUUAAAUCAACCUGUACAUCAAAACAUGUUUGGCAGCAAGCAAUCCGCCAUGGAAUCAUCUCAUUUCACUGAAAAUUGCUUAUAUAUACUAGCUGUGGCAGCAAGCAAUCUGCCAUUUUUUGGCACCCAAAAAAUAUUAUGAACACUGCUGUCACCACCACGAUCAGAAUACAGGGAAAAAUAUACAUCAGUGGUGUGCCAAAAAAUAGAAUAAAAUUCAUUUUACAAUUUGUUCAAUAAGGACUUAGAAGAUUUUUCAUUGCACUAACACAUGUGGCAACCUCAAAAUUUAAAAGAAGAGGUGAUUGCACUCAAGAUCCAAACAUCCAACCAAACACCAUCUCCUCCAUGCAACCUUUUACUGCAGGCAACCAAACACCAUCUAACCAUAUCUGGGCUCAUUCAAUACAGACAACCAAACAAGUGCAUCUGCAUGUCCAGAAACAGGCCAAACUCAGCCUAGAUUAGAGAGAUGGACCAUGCUAGGAUGAUUCAAGUAACCAGACACACCCUACAGGAGUAGCUUCUGGAUCCAAUUUUUGUGUGAUUUGGCAGGGUAUUUUGAGAUAUCAUGGCGUUGUUGCGGAAGUUUGGGAACCUUGUCAGGCAGUCGGCAGGUUCGGGCUCGUCACUGUACCAGGCAGUCCGAUGCAUGUCCUCCUCAAAACUCUUCAUUGGAGGAAUCUCGUAUGGUACUGAUGACCAGAGCCUGAAGGAAGCGUUUGCUAACUACGGUGAAGUCAUUGAAGCUAGGGUGAUUAUGGACCGUACCACCGGACGGUCGAGGGGAUUUGGUUUUGUAACCUACACAUCCACAGAUGAGGCCGCAGCUGCCAUUACUGGCAUGGAUGGGAAGGAUCUGCAGGGCCGGAUAGUGAGGGUGAGUUAUGCUCAUGACCGUGGUAGCCGUGCCGGUGGCUACCGUGGUGGUGGCUAUGGUGGACAGGGUGCAUAUGGUAAUGGUGGUGAUGGAGGCUAUAGUGAUGGCGGCCGUGGGUAUGGUAGUGGUAGUGGUGGUGGAUACAGUAAUUUUAGCAAUUAUGGUGGUUAUAACACCAGUGGUGGAUAUAACUCUGUAGGCGGGAGGGGAGGCUAUGGUGUUUCUGAAGGUGGACAUGGCUACGGUAGUGGGACUGGUUACGCAGGCGACAGUGGUGGAUAUUAUACUGCCCCUGGAAAUUACAGUGGUGACAACUUCAGACAUGGGGGUGCAGCACCUGGUGUAUAUGAAGGUGGAAACUACGGUGGAAGCAGCAACAACAGCUACACAAGCAAUGCCACCAGUGAUGAAUCCGCUGGUAAGCUGGACGAUUUGUUAAGUGACCUGAAUGUUGGUGAUGGCCAAGGGGAUGGUGAGAGCAAAGAUGAGGGUGUGGGCUUGGUUGAUGAGGACCUGAAAGGAGAUGAUCAGGAGGAAUUGAUUCAGGAUGAUCUCAAGGAUGCAGAUGUGGCUGAUGACUAUGCCAACAAGACAAGUUAAAAAGCUCGCUCGACCAUAAAGUCCAGGGAGUCCAGUGACUUUUUCUUGCCUUGCCGGUGGUAGGUGCAUGAUCACCUCUGUAGAAAUCCUAGGGUGAAGACCAACGUUCCAUACGCAAAUAAGUUUGGUGUUGUAGCCUUGUUUUCGCUUACUUGGCUUGCUCGUGUUUGCAUGCUGGACUGUCGGUGCUCUUGUGAUAUACGCUCAUUAAAAAACCUGAGGUAUUAUGGAUUCAGUGCACUACAAUCCCAUCCUUUCUUCCUA